CAUGGCAUGUCGGCUUCUUCGCCAGGCUUUCAGCAAUUGUCUCGUGUGUAUUCUGCACCUCACACUGAAUCCUGGGUAGAACAACAGUUGUCCUCUUCGCCAAGUCCCCUUCCAAAGAUCCCUCCUCUACUUGGCUGCGGCCUAUCACCUUCAAUUCUUAAUGCUGAAGGAACGCCAUUCGAUCGACAUUUCAACUUGUCACAAUCGUGGCAUAGCUCCGAUCCAGAUAUGUCUCCCAUAGCUAGAAGGAUGUCUGAUGACAAUACCACUGCGUUCUCCACGUGAAAGCGCACGCCAAUCUAAUCAGUCUUCUGGAGGAUCCUGUGUUCCAAGUCCGUGGUCGCUGAUGGAGAAAAUUCCUUCGUUACAUUCCUUCGGUCAUCCUACCUUCUCUCCGGACUUCACUUCGAGUCCUGUCAUGCAUGCUAGCGAACGGUCUUGGUCUCCUGUGUCCUCUCUCUCUGCGCUCACUCCCCUUUCGUCUCCCGAGCGUCCCCUAAGCAAUAAUGUUUCUGGUGGUUUAUCUUGCGCUUCUUCAUUAUGCUCACCCAUUUUUGGACAAAACUCAACUACUGCGCGACAUUCAAAAGACAACCGCGAGCUAGAUUCUACUUCUCGACGCUCGCUUCGUACUGCUAGUCGUGCGGUUCUUGCGCGGAGUCCCAAGCACCCCCUUCCGGACGAUCAUGACGAGAAACAGCCGUCAUUCCGGACAAAACGCACACGCACCUCUGGCGGCCCCACUGCUGUCGACCUUUACCUCUCAGACUCAGGAGCCCAAAUCUCUCGGCAUACCGUCUCAGCGUCGCCUUCCCUCAGAGGUUUCUCGUCACCCCGAUUUUCCUUUAUUCUAUCGGCGUUAUCCUAUAAGCUCAUUUCUACAACUUGAUUCUGAGGAGUAAGUUAUUUCUUGACUGCUACCUGGCGCUCAUCGUGCGCAGAGCUUCCCUUUUCAAUUGCUCCAAACACCCUGGCGGUAUCUGUAACCCUCCACGCGA